AUGCAGACGUCUUUGCCUGCUUUGCGGGCUAUGAGGAGAAUUGAAGUACCAUUGUGGGUAGCAUUGAUUCUUAAAUCGCAAGGGAAGUGCAAUAUAGUGCCACCGGAUUGGCUUAAUUAUGCAUAUUUGAAAGAGAAGUAUGAUGAAGAGAAAAAGUUCGUUGAUCUGUUUUCAUUACUACCGUGGAAUUGGCUAGAAGUAUCUAAAGUGCUACUUCAUAGUGCAGCAGAUGAUAUUCAUGAUUCUUCAAGUCAAAUAAAGUCUAUCAUACAAGAUCUUCGUGAAGUUCGACAGCUGAAAGCUCGCCGAGGGUUGAAAGAGCUCAAUGAAUCUAACAUCCAACUUAACGGGCUUUCGCUCAUGGAAAUAAAUGAAAUAAGGCCAUUUGUUCUUAAUGUAAUGAACAAGUUGAGGCAAUUGCAUGAAAGCACGAACGAAGGAGAGGAUGUUCAGGAUAACUACGAAUCAGAUUAA